AUGCUUCCCCGACAUCUUCAAAGUUUCGUAGUGAGGAACGCUCUAUCACGAAAUAUUUCUUCUCACCCAAACCUGUCUUCCUUGCAACCACGAAAUUUCCAACCCACAAGUUCCAUCCAGACGCGCCAGUCCCGACGUGGAUUUCAUUCAUCACCUUUACGUCGAAACGAACUUCCCAAAUCGCCUUUUCAGACGUUUGUGGAUGUCCUGAAGGACGAAUUGAAGAAAAACAGAGAAUUGCAGGAUAAUGUCAAACAAUUGCAGGGAGAUGUGGAUAAGUUCCAGGACUCGGAGGCAAUGAAGAAGGCCAAGGCAGCGUAUGAAAGGGCUAGACUCACGUCCAGUAUUAAAGAAAACCCUCGAUUACGAGCUGCAGCUGAAGAACUUCGUAAUACUGGAGUCAAAGUCAGCGACGCAGUUAGCGAGGCUCUGAAGACAAUGGAAGAGUCAGAAAUAAUGCGUGCUAUAUCCAAAGCAUCCGCCGCGGUUUCUAGUACGAUUGAGAAAUCUACUGAACCAAUACGAAAGACAGCUGCGUAUAAGAGUCUGGCGGAAACUGUGAUUGAUGCGCUAGAUGACAGUGGGAGUGCAAAACAUGCUGGCUUCGAGGAGAAGGAGGCACGGAGGCUCAGGAGGCAGCGAAGGUUAGAGAAAGCUGGGAGGAGUGGGAAUGGAUUGGGUGUUGGCGGAAGGGUGGCUGCCAAUGCAGAAGCUGGCUCAGCGCUCGUCCUUCACGCCUCUUCGCCAAAACAAGAAAAAUGGGAAACUCUCAAACAGACCAAUCCGCUCCUUCGAACACUUUCUUCGUGGAAAUCUGCGUAUGAUGAUUCAGAAAACCCUGUGGUGUCGUCAAUGCGAAGCGUGACUGAUACCGUUGCUGGGUGGUUUGAAGAAAACGAGACGGCGCAGGUGGCGAGAAUGAUGAAGGCGCUGGACCCUGGGUUCACGCAGGAUGGAUUCGAACGAGAGUUGAGAGAGUAUAUUGUUCCGGAGGUCGUGGAUGCGUAUUUGAGUGCGGAUCAGGAAGCGUUGAGGGCUUGGUGUGGUGAAGGUACUUAUAACGUUCUGUGGGCGACGAUGGAGCAAUACCUUCGUCAAGGGCUCGUCAGCGACUCGAAAGUGCUUGAUAUACGACAAGUCGAUAUCUCUGCAGGAAAAAUACUCGAUAACGACCUUCCGGUUUUCGUCAUCCAAUUUAAUACCCAGGAAGUACUCUUGUUUAGAAAUGCCAAGACGAAGGAGGUCAUGGUUGGUGCUGAAGACAGGGUAGAACAGUGCAUUUAUGUUGCAGUGGUGACGAGGGUGGAAGAGGAAUUGGGGAAUGAGCUAACAGGUGGAUGGAAGGUUAUCGAGAUGGCGAGACGAAGCGCGAGAGCGUAUCUGUGA